GAACAUUUUUAUCCGAUAACUAGCCAAAUGUAAGCCAAAUGUUAUGAAACAUCAUGUUUGUCUGCGCCUAUAAAGAGGAUCAGCAUGUAUCAGAAGGUGGGAAAUGUUGGUCAAUGUUUAGAUGAGAUUCCUUGUUGUCCCUCAUUUGUAGACAAGUCUUUCUACAAUACAACUGGUGACCCUGACGUGAUUGCUUGGGUCUGCGGUCCAGUGGGGUGGACCAGCUGUGCAAAGUGUGCAACAAGGUUACAAAUAAAAACUUUCUUCAUUAAUCCCGGUUGAGGAAGUUGCUUCCAAGCAAGUCGGCAACAGAAACCAUCUAAGUUAAAGGUUUCCAUUCAAGUUUGGCUCCAUUUCACACGUAACUCUAGCUCUUAGUACUGUUGUUCCUGUACCUUAUCUGGCUUCUGUCACCGACUCCCUGUGAGCAACCCGCUCACAAAGAAUAAAUGAUCAGGCUGGUCAUCAGUGUGGGUCACUUCUUCUUCUCACCUCAGUUGGACCAAUGCCUUGUGUUUGAAUGAUGAUGAUGAUGAUGAUGACUAUGCGACUGCUGCUGGUAGCAGCAUUUGUGAACCUGGCAAGAUGUCAAAGGCUGCAAGGUAAUUUUUAAUGUUCCCGGAACUCCAUGAAGUCUUCAGUGGAGAUUUACUUUACUUGACCUGUUCGCCCGAUGCAAAUACUUUUAUUAAAUGGUACUUUAAUGGUAAAGAACAGCCCCAGAAUGGAACAUGGAAAAUUUCAGCCGCUUCACAUACCCACUCUGGGGACUAUGAGUGUGAGCACAACGGGCAAAAAAGCGAAAUUCGGUCAAUCAAAGUCUUGGGAUCUAGCCCCAUGGCCUCACUCACCAUCGCCACAGGCCAGCCGGUUAUGAUGACUGGACAAUCAGUUGUGCUGCAGCUGGAAACUGAGGAAAGUCUGAUGGAUUGGGAGUGUAAGGUCUACAGGAGAGAAAAAAAAGAGAUGAAGACCAUCAAAGUCCGACACAACAACAACACAGUGAUCUUUCAACCUAAAGCUCUGACUGUGCCCGAGACAAUCUUCUGGUGCAUCAGCAGAUCUAAUCAUGGGAGGAGCAACCAAGUCGUAGUCAGAACCUCAGAUAAGGAAGUGUCUCUGGAAAUGUAUCCGCUGCCUGCUGUGGUUGGAGAGAAUGUGAUUCUCCGGUGCCUUGUCUGGGGCACAGACCAAAUCAGCAAUACCGUUUUCUAUAAAAAUAAAGCUGUUAUCUCCAACACGCACAGUUCACAACACGUAAUCACUAAUGUGACGGAAUCAAGCCUGGGAAAAUAUAAAUGUCAAGUCAUCUACACACACGUAGCCCGCACCGGUGGACCUCCUUAUAUUAAAACCUCUGACCCUCAAGAACUGUUAUUCGAAGAACAUCCUGUCAAAGCUGUUGUGUAUGAAAACCAGAGCCUGUCAUGUUAUUGUCCACUGUGUCCCACUGGUCACAUCUACAAAUGGUACAACAAGAAUGGUCAGCGAUGGAAACGUCUGGGUAUGACACCAGAAUCUAGCGGCACUUAUGCAUGUCGAGGUGUUUGGAAGACGGGAAGGUCCUUUCUCAGCAGCUCCUACGUCUACAGCAAAAGCCACAACAAUUUGAACAUUGUGCUCAUCGUCUGUGGCAUUCUUUGCGGCAUCCUGAUAAUUGGAGUAGUUUUGUAUCACCAUUGGAAGACGAACAGACAGGACCAUCCAGGACCAGAAUACGAGGAAGUGGGUCUAAGAAUUGUAGAAGCUGGCGAAAACAAAUACGAGGCUCUGCAGAGGAAAACAGGCGACAAACAGCAAGCAGAGUACGACAUCCUCACCCCAACAGGAAGUGAGAAGAGAGAGGGCAGCAAUCAAAGCCCGAAAGAAGAUGAGAACAAAUACCAGGCACUGCAGAGGAAAACAGGUGACAAACAGCAAGCAGAGUACGACAUCCUCACCCCAACAGGUAGUGAGAAGAGAGAGGGCAGCAAUCAAAGCCCGAAAGAAGAUGAGAACAAAUACCAGGCACUGCAGAGGAAAACAGGUGACAAACAGCAAGCAGAGUACGACAUCCUCACCCCAACAGGUAGUGAGAAGAGAGAGGGCAGCAAUCAAAGCCCGAAAGAAGAUGAGAACAAAUACCAGGCACUGCAGAGGAAAACAGGUGACAAACAGCAAGCAGAGUACGACAUCCUCACCCCAACGAGUAGUGAGAAGAGAGAAGGAGACUACCAAAGCCUGAACACAGAAGAAACAGCAGCAGGGGUGUAUCACACCAUAGGAUUGGGAGAGAAGAACACUGAAUAGUAAAUGGACAUCCUGCGUAUCCAUGUUUUUAAAAUAAAGGGCUAGAGGAAUAUAUUUAGUGCACCAAAGAUGUCAAAAUAAUUUAGUAGGAUGACCAACUUUCUAAAAACAAAUGGAAUCAAUCCUAGCAGCCCUGAGGCCAGAGUCAAAAAUGGAGAUACACAACCAUAUAGACCCGCGUUCAUACCAUACCAAGUAAUGAAAUCUGCUGUAAGGCAAGACCCGUAACCACUCUGGAUCAAGCCUGGUGAAAACAGCUAGAUUAAAAUAUUUCAUUUUUAUAUUUGCAUAUUUGUAAUAUAAAAUUUUAUAGUGUCAGGACAAGUUUCUUGCUUUUUGUAUUUGCUAUUUGCACCAAAUCACACAUAAAUCACAAAAUUCAGGUUUUUUAAAUAUUGUGGAGUAUUUUUAGGUAUUGGCGGAAAGAAAGCAUCUUUAAUUUUAUUUUUUUUGGGGGGGGGGGGUUGCAGGCUAAUGAAUAUGUUAAUGUUUGGUCGUCAUUUUGUAAAGCUAUUUGUGUUUGUUGGUUAUCUGUGUUUAAGUCAAGCAUUUCAUGAGGCUUAAAGUUUUAAAUGAUUAUAAGAGAAUGUAAAUUAAAUGGUUAAGCCGUGUUUCCUUAAUCAGAUUUUAAGUGCAGUUCUAUUCUUUUUACCAACGUUUGCCUUAGCAAUACAUUUAACCUAACUUGUUUUUGCAUAACAAUAAUUAAUUCUAUAAAUAUAAAUCUAUUUCUAGUCUUUAAUUUGUGUACAUUCGCCUUUUGUAAAUUAAGUGCUUUGAGUAAUAGCCAAAACCAAACGCAAAGAAAGCUAAAUAUACGACAAAACGUACAAUGUAAAAGUAGUGAUAGCUUAUUGAUGCUGCCUAAAACAAAUACUUGCGACUUUAUUACUGAAAUAUUCGAACCACACAUGGUUUCACUGACAACUUACCUAUGAAAAAAGACGUAUAUUGACUCCUAAACAAGGACAAACAAUAUUAAAAUGUUAGCAACAUAAGCUGAAGAAAAAGUCGCAAGUGCAACGAAUCACGUAGGCACCAAAACGAGGAAGUAAAACUCGUAAAAAGUCGGAUUUCAAAAUAAAAGCGGAAGUGUAUAAACAA